AUGAGCCGCGGCCGCUCCUCCGGCUCCAGGCGCCUGGACCCGGCCGGCCACGCCGCCCGCAGCGCCUCGUCGCCCGCGCCCGAGGUACGGUCCCAGCCCGCCGGCCGCGCGCGGGGGUGGCCCCAGGCGGCCUCCCCGAACGCCGCGGAGCACCGGGGGGUGAGCGGCCGCGGGACGCCCAGGCGCUCACAUUUGCAAACUUCUUCCCAGGGCGUGGGUGCAUCGUGGAGGGUCCAGCCCCGCCUUGGAAGUGGACUGGAACUGCCCGCGGCUGGCUGGGAAAUUUACGACCGUCUCUUGGAAGUCCCGGUCACUAGGGAGCAGUUACACCACUAUCGGAAUGUGGCCGAAAGUGCUCGAAGUGACCUUGCUGCAACUUUGGUCAAAUUUGAAUGUGCUCAGUCUGAGCUUCGAGAUCUCCGAUCCAAGAUGCUUUCGAAAGAAGCCUCCUGUCAAGAGUUGAAAGCUGAAAUGGAGAAUUACAAAGAAAAUAAUGCUAGAAAAUCAUCUCUCCUCACCUCUCUGAGACACAGAGUUCAGGAGCUGGAAGAAGAAUCAGCAGCACUUGCCACUUCUAAAAUUAGAACCGAAAUCACAGCUCACACCGCAAUCAAGGAGAACCAGGAGUUGAAGAAGAAAGUUGCGGAACUAGAUGAGAACUUACAAAAGUGUUUAAAGGAAAAUGAGGAGAAUAAGAAGCAAGUCUCAAAGAAUUGCAGGAGACAUGAAGAAUUUCUAGCUCAACUGUGUGACUGCUUAGAUCCGGACAAGAAGAAUGAAAAGGCGUCAGAUGAAGAUUUAAUUCUAAAGCUUAGAGAACUGUGCAAGGAAAAUGCAUUCGUAAAAGGACAAAUCGUUACUCUUGAAGAGACUGUAAAUGUCCAUGAGAUGGAAGCAAAAGCUAGCAGAGAAACCAUCAUGAGGCUGGUUUCAGAAGUAAACAGAGCGCAGAAAAAAGCUGCCUCCUGCACUGAAGAGAAAGACAAGCUGGGCCAGGACCUGCUCAGUGCUGUAGAGACAAAGGAGGCUCUUGAAAGGGAAGUCAAGCUCUUCCAAGAAAGGCUGCUUGCUGGCCAGCGGGUCUGGGAUGCCUCGAAGCAGGAACUGAGCCUCUUGAAGAAAAGCUCUUGCGAGUUGGAGAAGAGCUUGGAGGCCAGCCGGGAUGCGACGGCAGCCUCGAGAAACCAGCACUCCUCGUUUAGGGAGAAAGUCGCAGCGCUGCUGCUCGGGGGCAACUGGGGCACGGUUGUGCCCACAGAGGAUGCUAUUUUGGAAAGGAUCCGAGAAAUGGCCAGCCAGGGAGAGAGCAGGAAAAGUAUGGUCUCCCAGCUUGAAGCCCGAAUAUCUGAGCUUGUUGAACAGUUGGGAAAUGAGUCUGGGUUUCACCAGAAAGCUCUUCAGAGGGCCCAGAAAGCAGAAAGCAAGUUGGAGACUCUUCAGGGUCAGCUGACAUACCUGGAGGGAGAGCUGGCUUCUGGAGAUGUUUUGCGAGAUAACUUGAAUUUUGAGAAACAAAAAUAUCUUAAAUUUCUGGAUCAGCUCUCAGAGAAAAUGAAACUGGACCAGAUGGCUGCUGAACUUGGCUUUGACAUGCGCGUGGAUGUAGUCUUAGCUCGCACAGAGCAGCUGGUCCGCCUCGAGAGCAACGCAGUCAUUGAAAACAAGACUAUCGCUCACAAUUUACAGAGAAAGCUCAAGACUCAGAAAGAAAGACUGGAGAGCAAAGAACUGCAUGUGAACCUUCUCCGGCAGAAAAUUGCCCAGUUGGAGCAGGAGAAGCAGGUGCGUUCGGCCUUGGUGGUAGAGAGGGACGAGGCCAAUCUCACCCUAAGGAAGUUGCAAAAGAAGGUGGAGAGGCUGCAGAAGGAGCUGAGUGUGUGUCGAGAAUCGAACACGGAGCUCAAAGCCCAGCUGGCUGACACCCAUGAGCUUAAGAUUAAAACUUUGGAACAGACCAAAGCCAUUGAAGACCUAAAUAAAUCCAGAGACAAACUUGAGAAGAUGAAGGAGAAAGCUGAGAAAAAACUAAUGUCUGUCAAGUCAGAACUGGAUUCUACAGAGCAUGGGGCUAAGGAGGAUAAAGAGAGAGCCAGGAACAUGAUAGAAGUGGUAACCAGUGAAAUGAAGACACUAAAAAAAUCUCUGGAAGAAGCAGAAAAGAGAGAAAAGCAGCUGGUGGACUUCAGGGAAGUGGUUUCCCAGAUGCUGGGCUUGAACAUGACCAGUCUUGCACUUCCCGACUAUGAAAUCAUCAAAUGUCUUGAAAGACUGAUCCAUUUACAUCAGCAUCACUUUGUCACCUGUGCCUGCCUCAAAGAUGUGACGCUUGGGUGA